UCUAGUCUGACAACUUUGAGCUGUACUCCGCCACUGGCCAGCUAAAGCACGUAAAAGGAACAGAAACCACCUAUUUGCUUCGACCAGAGGCAAGCAAGACUUAAACUUUGAGAGACUACCACAACAAAUGAAAGCUCAAAUCUCACCUAGGGCAGCAAAUUGUCUAGAGCCGGCCCUGGAUACAAGAAAAGGUGUUUAAAACGGCAAGCCAAGCACACAGCUGAUGCUGACAGCCCCGCUCCUGCCGCUCACUUGCGGCAGACCACACUUGAAAGUUUUCCGGGGAGACGCCUGGACACAUCUACGAGCAGCAAGCUUUUCAUAGGCCGGCCCGCAGGAGGGAACGCAACAUAGAACAAUUCUAUGAUGUGUGGCACUUUGAAAAAGGUUUGUCCAAGAAACUUGUGAAACUUUCACAGAACAAGGACUGCAAGUUGUUGAAGAGGUGGCUGCACAGCAUAAAAACCCAUGUAUACUGGAGUGCGACGAGCACAACCUCGGGGCCGGAGAAGGUGGCAAGGUGGACGUCAGUCGUCAACCACCUACAAAACAUUCACGUGCACGACGACCCCCUAUUCCCCAAGUGUGAACAUCCUGAAAGAGCCACAACAGAUGCAAAUAAAUGGCUAAAACCUGAUUCAAUAACACUCCACAAAGUUGACAAAAUACUCAACAACACGAGAGUUCUCAAAGAUGUGAAAAAGCUAAGCCAUCACUACCAGACCUCGCUGGAGUCCUUCCACAGCUUGAUUCUGCGUUUUGCCCCCAAAAAGGUGGUUUUCCCCUUCAUGGGAAUGUUGUGCAGGUUGUGUCUAGCAGCCAUGCAUCACAAUGAGAAUGCUGACCGUGAGCAAGCCACAACAGCUGCAGGACUACUUGUGUACAAAUUGGCCUAUCCAAAAGCAAGGAGGGGAGAAUGUACCGCAAAGCCUGUAAAGAAGGACCCUACAUACAACACACACACACUGCUUUUGGUGAGGCAGGCUCAGAUGCCUUUUGAUGAGACACAAUUAGUAAAUGAGUGGAAAACAUCAUUAUUCGCACUCCAUCUAUUCACCCUGAUAUAAGAAGGGGAAGCAAGCUGUUACAGCAGUGAAGAACAGGUGGAAAAAGAAAACCCAGACCACAUUCUAGUCUGACAACUUUGAGCUGUACUCCGCCACUGGCCAGCUAAAGCACGAAAAAGGAACAGAAACCACCUAUUUGCUUCGACCAGAGGCAAGCAAGAAUCAAGCUUAAACUUUGAGAGACGACCACAACAAAUGAAAGUUCAUCCAAAAUGAGCCAGUCAUCAACUGAGGAACCACCUGAGUUGAAUACGUGGACCAAAGAGGACGUCCACCACUGGCUGAUGAAUGUGGUCAAAGUUCCUCAGAGUUGUGCCGAUUCUUUUCUGGAGGAGAAAAUGAAUGGAAUAGCUCUCAAUGAGAUUGAGAAGUCAGAAAUAUUGGAAUUUAAAAUACCACACGGCCCCGCUGUCAAAAUCUCCCAUUAUCUAGAGAGGCUUAAGAAAGGAUCACAACAUGAGUCCCAGUUCCCAGCUGAAGUGGAAAACUGGACAAAGGAGGAAGUGGCUCAGUGGUUAGUGGGGCAUGUGAAGGUCGAUGGCAAAGAGGCUGAACGAUUUAAGGAAGAAGAAGUGUCUGGAGAUUGUCUUGUUUGCUUCAAGAAACAGGAUUUCCGGGAUCUGGGGCUAAAGAGGGGUCCCGCUCUCAACAUCCUGAAGGAGCUCAAGAGACUGAGAAUUCAAGAGUCAACGCCACCAUCCAGAAUCAGAUCGUUCUCUAUGGGCAAAAACAAACAAGCAGGCAAGAGGCUGCCAAUGGAGAGAAAGACAACUGAAGUAACAUUUCAGAAACCAGCCCCGUUGAUCAAGGAUACCCUGGAUGGGCUUUCGACAACCGAUUUCACGUCUUUUAAAUUUCAUCUGAACAAUUACACCGACCCUAAGUGCAAAGCAAUUCCCCAGUGCAAACUGGAAGGUAAAGACACCAGUGACAUCGCUACAGUAGUGACCAACCACUACGGACCUGACAAGGCUUUACGCGUCACACAUGAAGUUCUCAUAAAAAUAAAUCGGCGUGAUCUUGCUGACCAACUGCAAAGCCACAUGGGUUUGGUGGAGGUCCGCCAAAAACCUUGUGUCGAUGAGGACAAAGCAACGCAGUCACACUCAUCCAGCUGGUCCAGAUCUGAAUUCACAUCGAGAAAAAAUAAAAAAAAAAAAAAAAAAUCUUCCUGUUUUAAUUUUAAUGGUAACUUAACAUUGUUUAAGUGCUGUUCUCCAUGAUUUAGUCCAUUUAAGGAAUCGUACCAAGCCAUGCAUUAGUGAUGUCAUACUUUUGACAUCAUAAUUAUUGUCAUAAGUGUUAGACCAAAGUGUCUUAAAGGUCUCCUAUCAUGCAAAA